CUAAACCGUUUCACCCUUCCAACCCCACUUCCCUUUCUUAUCUUCUUAUGACACUUUGAGAGUUCAAGUUUUCUUUUUCCCCAAACCCAAAGAUUUUAGGUUACAGAAAAUGGCAUUGGAACUCAUGGGGUUCCCAAAACUAGACGAACAAAAGGCCAUUCAAGAGGCCGCAUCAGAAGGCCUCAAAGGCAUGGAGCACUUGAUCCGAACUCUCUCCCACCAACCCUUUCACUUAAACACCGAACUCACCGAUGUUACUGUUUCCAAGUUUAAGAAACUCAUUUCGCUCCUAAACCGAACCGGCCAUGCCCGAUUCAGACGGGCCCCGGUUCAGUACUCAUCUCCACCCGCACCUGUUCACAACGCUAACACUUCCACCUCAUCAAUUCAACUCCCUCCUCCGCCGCAAAACCCUAAUAUUCCCGCGCCGGUGCAGUUUCCUUCUCCUGCGCCGGUGGCCGUUCACCACGCGCCGGUGACGCUCGAUUUCACGAAGCCGCACAACGCGCUUCUGAGCUCCAACGCGAAAUCUGUUGAGCUCGAGUUCUCGAAGGAGACCUUCAGCGUUUCAUCGAACUCGUCCUUCAUGUCCUCCGCGAUCACCGGCGAUGGCAGCGUCUCCAACGGGAAGAUCUUCCUGGCGCCGCCGGCGACCUCCGCCCGAAAACCUCCAGCGUUCAAGAAGCGGUGCCACGAACACCGCGAACACUCCGGCGACGUCUCCGGCAACAGCAAGUGCCACUGCGUUAAGCGAAGGAAAAAUAGGGUGAAGAACACAGUGAGAGUGCCGGCGAUUAGUUCAAAAAUCGCCGAUAUUCCACCCGACGAGUACUCGUGGAGAAAGUACGGUCAGAAACCGAUCAAGGGUUCCCCAUACCCAAGGGGUUACUACAAGUGCAGCACGGUGAGAGGGUGCCCAGCGAGGAAGCACGUGGAGCGCGCACCAGACGAUCCGGCGAUGCUGAUAGUGACGUACGAGGGGGAGCACAGGCACGCCGUUCAGGCCGCGAUGCAGGAGAACGCAGCCGGGGUGGUGGGGUUGGUGUUCGAGUCAACGUAGAGAGAAAGAGAGAGAGGGUCCAAUAAAAAAUUGGAAGUGGAGGACUUUUUCUAAAAAUAUAUUAUAAUUUUUGGAGAGUGUAGUGGGAACAAAAGCAAUAGCUGCUUUGUAAAUUUGUUUUUAUUUUUUAUUGUUAUAUUUUAGUUGUCAUAUGACUCACAGAGAGGUGAAAAAUGGAAUCUCAAGUUGUUUAUUUCUAUUUA